GGACAGUCAGCCUCAGAGCCACCAUGCCUGGGGACAGAGGGGUAUGUGCUAUAGGGACAGAGACAGCACUCUCUUGCCUUCAACUUCAGGAUUGUCCCCAUCUGGGGGCCCGAAGUCGGCUGCAGAGUCGAGGUUGGAGUACAUCUAGCUUUUGAGGCUGGGCAGGGUUUCUUCCUUCUUGGGAACACAAAACAUCGCCUCUCUUCCCUGCAUUGCUGCUCAGACGCCCCCUUCCCUCCCCGCUUGUCACGCUAGGAACCACAACACUGGCCAGUAGCUCGCUGCCUGCAGAGCUGGGGUGGGGAACUGCUUUCAUGCCGGCACAGUCCACCGAGAAGGCAGGGGUAGAGAAUCUGCACGCUUAAAAAGGACAAAGACGGACCUUGGUCCCGAGCUGGCCCUGCGAAGGUCUGAACACCAGGUUCUUCUCACUAGAAGGGUGGCGCGGGGCCUGGGCGUCGCAGGAUGAUUCUUGGGCUUGCGGUGCCGGAGGAGUGUAGGAGACUAAUGGGGAAUAGGUUCUUUCUUCAGUGUUGGGCUAAGGAAGGAGACUUGUUAUUUCCAAACUGCAAACUGUCACGCCAAGGAGGGGUGAAGUGACGGAGUUAGCCAGUGCCGAACAGGACGCCCUCCUCGCGGGCACAGUCCCUGAAUGUGCACCGCAGUCUUCACGCUGCCGGCAGGGUUAGGGCUGGAGACCAGGGUUGGGGGCUCAUUUCCAAAAGACGCCGAGAUUGAUGGAAUGACUGCGGAGUACACAGCCCCUCCCCGCAAGUCGCGAGCCUCAGGAGGACACGGAAACUUUACCCCCACAAGGGGCCCGAGCACGGCCUCCACAUACCCUCGGGGCCCGGUCCGCCCCCUCCUCCCACAUUCUCCCUCCUCCCUUCAGUCCCUCCCCCUCCUCCCCUCUCGCCGGCGGCUGGAGGCAGCAGGUCCGGGCGGGGCCGCGCCGCGGAGCCCACAACCUCGAGCUCCCGCCCCACCGCCGCGCCCCGCGGGACGAGCUGCGGAGCCGGGCUUAGGGACGAGCGGCCGCGGCACGGGGCAUGAAGUUGGGUGCGCGCGGGUCUCGGAGCGGAGGCGCGGCACAGCCGGGAGCCGCCCUCGUCUAGAGCCCGCUCGGUGCGCCAUGGAGAUCGGGGGCCCCGGGGCGCCGCCGCCGCUGCUGCUACUGCCGCUGCUGCUGCUCCUAGGGACCGGCCUCUUGCCUGCUAGCAGCCACAUAGAGACCCGGGCCCAUGCGGAGGAGCGGCUCCUGAAGAGACUCUUCUCCGGCUACAACAAGUGGUCUCGGCCAGUAGCCAAUAUCUCAGAUGUGGUCCUCGUCCGCUUUGGCUUGUCCAUUGCUCAGCUCAUUGACGUGGACGAGAAGAACCAGAUGAUGACAACCAACGUGUGGGUGAAGCAGGAGUGGCACGACUACAAGCUGCGCUGGGACCCUGGUGACUACGAGAAUGUCACCUCCAUCCGCAUCCCCUCUGAACUCAUCUGGAGGCCUGACAUCGUCCUCUACAACAAUGCGGAUGGAGACUUUGCAGUCACCCACCUGACCAAGGCCCACCUGUUCUAUGACGGAAGGGUGCAGUGGACACCCCCAGCCAUCUAUAAGAGCUCCUGCAGCAUCGACGUCACCUUCUUCCCCUUUGACCAGCAGAACUGUACCAUGAAGUUUGGAUCCUGGACCUACGACAAGGCCAAGAUUGACUUAGUGAGCAUGCAUAGCCGUGUGGACCAACUGGACUUCUGGGAAAGUGGGGAGUGGGUCAUCGUGGAUGCUGUGGGCACCUACAACACCAGGAAGUACGAGUGCUGUGCCGAGAUCUAUCCUGACAUCACCUAUGCCUUCAUUAUCCGACGGCUGCCGCUAUUCUACACCAUCAACCUCAUCAUCCCGUGCCUGCUCAUCUCCUGUCUCACCGUGCUGGUCUUCUAUCUGCCUUCAGAGUGUGGCGAGAAGGUCACACUGUGCAUCUCGGUGCUGCUUUCUCUCACCGUCUUCCUGCUGCUCAUCACCGAGAUCAUCCCGUCCACCUCGCUGGUCAUCCCGCUCAUCGGCGAGUACCUCCUCUUCACCAUGAUCUUCGUCACCCUCUCCAUCGUCAUCACGGUCUUCGUGCUCAAUGUGCACCACCGCUCGCCACGCACACACACGAUGCCCGCCUGGGUGCGUAGAGUCUUCCUGGACAUCGUGCCUCGCCUCCUCUUCAUGAAGCGCCCCUCUGUGGUCAAAGACAACUGCCGGAGACUUAUUGAGUCCAUGCACAAGAUGGCCAACGCCCCCCGCUUCUGGCCAGAGCCUGUGGGCGAGCCCGGCAUCUUGAGUGACAUCUGCAACCAAGGUCUGUCACCUGCCCCAACUUUCUGCAACCCCACGGACACAGCAGUCGAGACCCAGCCUACGUGCAGGUCACCCCCCCUUGAGGUCCCUGACUUGAAGACAUCAGAGGUUGAGAAGGCCAGUCCCUGUCCAUCGCCUGGCUCCUGUCCUCCACCCAAGAGCAGCAGUGGGGCUCCAAUGCUCAUCAAAGCCAGGUCCCUGAGUGUCCAGCAUGUGCCCAGCUCCCAAGAAGCAGCAGAAGAUGGCAUCCGCUGCCGGUCUCGGAGUAUCCAGUACUGUGUUUCCCAAGAUGGAGCUGCCUCCCUGGCUGACAGCAAGCCCACCAGCUCCCCGACCUCCCUGAAGGCCCGUCCAUCCCAGCUUCCCGUGUCAGACCAGGCCUCUCCAUGCAAAUGCACAUGCAAGGAACCAUCUCCUGUGUCCCCAGUCACUGUGCUCAAGGCGGGAGGCACCAAAGCACCUCCCCAACACCUGCCCCUGUCACCAGCCCUGACACGGGCAGUAGAAGGCGUCCAGUACAUUGCAGACCACCUCAAGGCAGAAGACACUGACUUCUCGGUGAAGGAGGACUGGAAAUACGUGGCCAUGGUCAUUGACCGAAUCUUCCUCUGGAUGUUCAUCAUUGUCUGCCUUCUGGGCACUGUGGGACUCUUCCUGCCUCCCUGGCUGGCUGGCCUCAUCACGAGGCUGCUGUCAACACGUUCCCUACAUCCCUCCUGACUCGGGCUCACAGGCACUGCUCUCCUCUGAUCUGCAGCUUGCUGAUGGCUUCGACAGUGUUCUCAGGCUCACGUCUCCUGCUGACUUUGUUUCCCAGUUUCUUCUCCGCACAAGCUGGCCUCCCUUCAUUUAUUCCUGUUAUUUUGGGCUUCGUGUUAUUAAUAUCCUUCCCUGCGUCUGUGGCGCAUUGUAAGUUUUAAAAAUUAAUAGACCAAAGAAAACACAAAUUCUUCCUCAUCUGAUACAGACUGUUCAUUUGUCUCAGUGCGUUUGCCUUGGAUGUUUCCUUCUCUUUGCAUGCCCUAAGCCUGCAUAACAAUGCUGUUCAUGAUUGGACUGUGAAUGUACAUCUAUGUACAUGUGUAUGUGUGUUUUAGAAUGCAUUUAUGUGUGUGUGCACAGGUCCAGGAGGAAACUACUAUUGUCUUAUAGCAGCUUCCUGAGGAUCAAUGCUGCACAACUGUGUAAACACAUGCAUAUAUGCAGUGUCACAUGUACAUACAGACAUGCAUGCAUGUAAUCACAUGCACAGGGACAAUGCUGCACAGCUUUGCAAGCACAUGCAUAUAUGCACUGACAUGUGUACACACAGACAUGCAUGCAUGUUAUCAUACACACUUGUAUGUGUGCAGCAGUAUAUACAGAGACAUGUGUCUACAGACAUGUUUAUAGAGACACACAUGUACAGAGACAGACAUGUUGUAUACAUCCAUUAAUACACACAUGUACCUGUGUGCCCACAUAUGCACACACAUAUAUCUACACACAUUGAGUUGUGGUAGACUGUUCCUUUAGUCAGUGUCAAGCAUCUCUUGUCCCUUAACUUUCACCCUUCCCCCAGUGAUGUGGGUUCCUUCUUUGUGUCUGGGCUUUUCAUGCUUGGCCACACAGAUGGGAGCAAUGGGUCAAUUACUUAAUAUUUGUGGAAAGGGGAAACAGAUUCCUGACUCUUAGCUGGGCCAGGAUUGGGAAUGCAGGUGCCAUGAGUUCAUGCCGUUCCAGAUCCUUGUCUGACACAGACAAGGAAGGUGAGACAGGAGGACUCACACGAUCUCUCUGAGGAUGGUGACAGAAACAGGGCUGAGGUGCUGUCAGGGGACAGACAACCUUGCUCUGAGACACUGAAGACAAGGAACCAAAGAUGCCAGUCUUAAAGUAACAUCGCCCUGCUGGGAGGCGAGCAUGGAUGCUGGGAGGCGAGCAUGGAUGCUGGGAGGAGUGGAGGUGAUCUGGACUCCUUGGACUAGGGAUGCGGUGAUUCAGGACAGAAGCAAAGGGGACUAAAAGAGACAGUGGGGUUGAAGCUAGGGCACUGUUCUGAGGGAGAGACUAUCAGGAACCCUGGGGAGAGCUCAGCAGAUGUGACAGCACAUGCAAAGGCACAGGGUAGCCAUAGCAGACACUCUGCUGUGCUCUACAAUUGGCAGGGGGUCUGGAUUUCACACUUAGAAUGACAAGGAUUCCUUAGAAAUGAAAGUCCUGCCCAGGUUUAUGCCUUAGUGGGAUGGCGGUUAGCAGGGACUAGCAGUGAAUGAUCAGGUAGUCUGCUGCCUUGGGUGAAGGAUGAGAACACCAGCACAGCAUACAGGCCGCGUCUUGGUGAGGUCCAGAGGAAGGAGCCUGGGCUUUGAGGAAGCCCAAGAAUCCUGGAGGGUUUGGAGUGAGAAGGUGGGGAGAGUGGCAGGAGAUGGCUCCCAGCAGUGAUCAGACACCUCACAGAGGCUGAUGAGCUAGCACAAGUUUAUCUGAACCUGGAAAUGCUAUAAAGAAGGGGCUUGAGGAGGAGCCCCACCCUCCUCCCUUCCGACUCCUGCCACUUCAGGGUCUUCCUUUGGGUUUCCUUCUCUGCCCCUGCAGAGCACAGUUGCUCUCAGUGUUGAGACAAAAUUAUGGAUGAUGGUGCUGGGGAAGGACGGGGCGAGUUGAAGUGGCAGAGGGAAGGUCCUGGAGAGAGAAGAGUAGGCACUGCUGGACUGCAGUCUAGGAGACGGCGGCCCAACCUCCUCACACACUGAGCUCAGGCUUCCCCUGUGUGGUGAAAGAAGCUGAGGUCUCCACACCCCAGCUCUUGUGACAGGAAACAGAGCAGAACCUUGAGUUGUUCUCUGGUCUCAGGAGCAGUUAUAGGGUUGCACUCAAUGCAGGACUCUAGCUUGUCCAUAGGUAGCUCUCUACUCCUGCCACUCACUUUCUGUCACGCACACCCCUGAGCCUCUGUGCCUGCUGAGUCUGCCCCGGUAUGCCUCCAGCUCCAUCAUGUACUUGAGAGCAAUACUGUUUCACCCACCUGUGCCGCCGUCUGUGUCAUAUGAACCCACCGGUGCUCACCUGUGCCACCUAUGCCACCUGUGCCAUAUAAAUCCAUCUGUCCCACCUGUGCUUAACUGUGCUCACCUGUGCCCACUUGUGUCACUUAAACCCACCUGUGCCACCUGUGCUCACCUGUGCUUGUGUUCACAGAGCUCACCUGAGUUUAUCUGUGCUCACACCCCACCUGUGUUCGUGGUACCCUACCCCACACUUGCACCUAGAAACACCUCCUCAGGCAGGUUUGUACACAGGAAGCUUGCUCAGCACAUCCUGAGAUAGGGAAGAGGUCAUCUGGUGCUGCACUCUGUCCACCAACUCAGAACCUCCAUAGUGCUCUGUCUCAGGCCUCGGGUGCUCUCACCUGGCCGGGUGCUCACCGGAAUGCACCCCUGAGGUCCAGUCUCUGUAAGCACCCCCUCCCAGGAUCCGUGAGCACCCACACUCCUGCAGCUCAAACCUCUCCUCCACCCUGUGUCUCCUCAUACUCGCAGGCCCAACCAGGGUCUGCAGGACAACCAGCUUCACAAGCACCAGCUCUACCCCACUCUUCUCAGAUGGAGACAGCGCCCUCUCCCACUCUCUUGCUGUUCGGCCCAUGCAGAUCUCCCCUCCAGCUAUCCUUCCUUCUUGCCCCAUGGCUGGCACAAUGACAGAGAUUCACCUGUUCACUCCAGGGGCUCUGGGGUCUGCACCUCCUGCAGUACAGGUUUGCUUGUGUGGCUGAUAGCCACAGGCUCACCUGAGAAGAAAGGGGGACAAACAAGGACUGGGGACGUAGCAGCUUCAGCUUCUCUGAUCUGUCUGUCAGAGGGAGGCUGGGUUCUCUUGGGAUGAGUGUGAGGCUCGACCCUUGGCUGAAGGCUAAGCGCCUAUGGUACCAGGACCAUCAGGAACUGAGCCCCAUUAGUGUGGGUUCAGCAGCCAGAGUAGACUCUGCAACGUCUAAAUGAGGUGCCCAUUAAGACAUCUUUGGGGUAAAAGAGGCUGAUGAGGAGGAAACACAUACACACAAAUGCACACACGCACACGCACGCACAUGCACACACGAACACCCAUGUGUGUGCAGGGAACCAGCCACUGUCUACCUCUAGAAUCCCUUCCAAGAGCAGGAAGCCUGAUACCUUCAUCCUCAUGGUGGAGGAUAUGUCCCCAGUCUCCAGGAAGUAGAGCCUUGUUGUGUAAUCCAGGAUCUAUAGCUCUGGGUCUGCUUAGCUUGGCUGUCUCUGCCAUGAAGGGCAUCGGGGGACGGGCAUUCUCAUGAAGGAAGGAAUUCAGCUUCAUCACGUGUGCUGGGGAAGGAGACAUCAGUUGGGGCCCAGCCUCACCAAUAGGGGUGGGGUCCGGAGGGGAGGUUUUCACUCACUCCGUAUGGCUGACUCGCAGGCCUGGCUCACCAGCUGGAAGAUGGUGGCAAGGGACUGUGGCUCUCCCUAGAAGGAGGACAUGAUUUGGGGACUCGUGGCAGUUGCCACAAGGGAGUCCCGAUCCCCAGAUUAUGGGACUCACCCACCUUCUCUCCUCGUUCACCUUUGGACCCUGGUAGACCCUGUAGCAGGAGGUUAAAGGGAAAGAGCUGUCAGGAUAGAGGCAAGGAGUCGCAGGCAUGGCAACCUAUGUCAGGCUCGACUCCACAGGGGUUGUGGUGCCAAAGCCCCAACCCAACUGCCAAGCUCCAGAAGUGUUUGCCCUCAGCGCCAGCCCAGAAUGAACAAGUGAAGCUGGACAUCCACAGCAGGGAAAGUCCCAUGUGGAGCUGGGAAUGCUCCACCUGCAAAGACCCUAUCCCCGGCUGGCAUUUUGUACUGGGAAGCAUGGGCAGAGCUCCCAACCAGCUGAAACACUGUCUAGAGAACAGACCCUCCCUUGGCCCAGAGACAGGCUGAGCCAAGAAAGUCACAUCAUCCUGCUUCUCCCUCCGCUGUGCCCAUGCUACGGAGUCCACUCCAGGGGUCUGAACUGCUGACACCCUAUUCCUCUUUACUGAAGGUAACGGUGACCUUCCAGGGAGCUGGAUUCCCAUAAGUCAGCUGCAGCCUCCUUCCAAUUCUGUGCCCCAUGGAAGCCACAGGAAGCUCUGAACAGGCAGCUCUUCAAUCAGGGAAGCCCUGAUCCUGAGCCUGUACAUUCCCUGUUGCUUGGCUGCCUUGCUGGAGGUGUGUGUGAGGGGGUACUUACUGUGGGACCCACAGCUCCUGGGGGCCCUUGCUCUCCACUGGUACCGCUGGCCCCUGCCAAGCCCUGGAAUCCCUGCAAAAAAAAUGCAGAUAUCAGAGUUUGAGCCCCAAGGAGUCUAUUCCCCUGCCCUGGUUUGAUAUCUAUAGUCUCAUUGCUCAGCAAGGUUAAUUCUAGCUGCUUGCAGGCCUUGCCCUCCUCCCUAGCAAGUUCCAAGUCCUGUUCCCAAACCAGUGUCUAUAGAAGACCAUUAAUCUUCAUCCAGCACCCAGGGAAGACCCUCCCAGACCCUCUCCCAGCACCCAGGACAAAUUCUUAUCCAUGUUCAAUACUCAGUACAGGCAUGAUACCCCUCGCUCUGCAUCCAGGGUAGACUAUCCGCCCCUCGCUCUGCAUCCAGGGUAGACUAUCCGCCCCUCACCCAGCACUGAAAUGCUCCCUGCUAGGCUCUGGGUGCUCUGGCAGAAACAGUGGAAUUCCCCCAGACCCAGACCAUGUCCUUGCAGCAUAUCCUGGUGAUUCUCAGCUACUGGCCUGGAGCACCCUCUCAAAGGUUCACUGGGUACAGAGCUCACAGUGAAGACCCUCUGGGAUUGAGGGAAAAAAGUCUUCUCAAGGUGAGCAAACCCUGGGCUUCCUGCAGGUCACAGGCUGCCUUUGAUGUCCCAGCUGCUUAGAGUCUGACAGCCGGAGUACCCUAGAGGCCAGUCAAGAGCCCUGGCAUCUGUAGAGUAAGGGUGCCGGUGUGAUUGGUCCUCCUUUCCGUAGGAACCUGUUCCAGGAGCAAGGGCCUUUUCUGGGGUAGGGUAGGGAGGCUUCAGUGUACAGACAUUCGGAUGCCCAGCAGAGCCCUGUGGAAGGCUGCAGGAGGAACAAUUCCCUCCUCCACAGUGGUCUGGCAGGUGAUGUUCAGUGCCUUUCUCCCAAACGAUCUGCCCAGUUCCAGGAAGCCUUGGGGAUUCUGGUCAGAGCCUACCCUGGGGCCAGGUGGUCCAGGCAGCCCAGCAGGUCCCUCCAGUCCUCUCAUUCCCUGAUGAGCAGAGGAGGGAAAUUGAGAUGGGAGCUUAUAUCAGCCCAUACUUUCUACAGUGACCACCCCAACAUCCCAACAGACUCUCCUCAUUGGCAUUCUCUUCUACCAACUUGAUGCCAUUAGGAUCCACCCCAAGAAGGUGACCUACCCUGGUAAGGUGAGAUGUGGAGCUUUCCCCAGCUCUGAUUAGAGUAGCUGCCUCCCUUCACCCCACCUCGGGGUGACAGCAUUUACCCUCAGUGUGGGCUGAGAGAGCUUUUGUCCUAAGCCAGGCUUUAGGGAGUAAGAUAGAUGAAGCCUCGGGUGGAGAAGGAAGCCUCUCUACUUCCUCAAUCCUUGUAGCUUCUGUCUCCAAGACUCUACCUGGGCCCUCUCUCUCCCACUCAUCACCCACUGGGCCUGGAGCCAAUACCUUUGGUCCUUGUAGGCCAGUUUUCCCAGGGAUGCCUUGCUGGCCAGAGAGGCCCUGUGAGGGAACAGAGAUAGCCCGCCAGGCAGAGCCAAUGUCAUAGGCAAAGGAGGGUCCUGCCUAUGUCCUCACCCUGCCACAGCCCUGCACAUUACCUGCAAGCCCGGGAGGCCGUGAUCCCCCUUCUCUCCUUUGGCUCCUGGUGGCCCCUGGAGGGGAAGAUGGACUGAGAGGUGGGGAAGAAGGACAAGAGAGAACACCUGUAUAGAGCGGUACCUACCAUGGGUCCCUGGACUGCACGGCCCUGGGUCCCUGGUGACCCCUGCUGACCUCCAGGGCCUUCGGGUCCUGUUUGUCCAGGUGGGCCAGGCUCUCCCUGAAGACACAAGGAGGGAUUGAGAAGGGCCUCGGAGAGGAAAUGUGCAAAGAAAUCACCAGGAGGAAUCUGUGGGCUGAUGCACGGGGAAGAAAGCGGUAGCCCCUUAAGCUCUGAAACCCCAAACACCGACCUCAGUUCUCACAAGCUCUAAGGAUGGAUGGCACCAGAUGUUUAAACUGAGAUUAGGGGGGGAAACUUCCACACUUUUUUUUUUUGAUUUAGCAAAUCAGUGCUCCAAACAACGAUAUAACAAACUGCUCAGUCUUAUUAAUGCACAGCUAUAAAUAAAAUACUAGCAUGCAGAACACCACCACGUACGAGACAGUGAUGAGGACCAUCGCCAGGCUGGCUUCCUAAUGACGCAAGAGUACUUAGCAUGUGGGGGAACCAGCAAAUUUAACAGCAAGUUGCUUCAGGAAGAAAACUGCCUGGUCAUGUCCAUAAUCACUGAACAAAUAAUACAUUCAUUUAAUGUCCGUUUGGUUUGUUUUUCAAAUUUCAAGUAAAUUAAGAUUAAAGGAAUCUUGUUAUCACAUGAAGAUGAGUAUCUGGUUAAGUGCCUGAAUCAGCUGUGCAUCUGAUGAAUUACUCUGAAGCCAAAGGGAAGAAAGAUAAGGCAUCUGUAACAUCACACGGCACCGUUCGACAGAGCUCUAACUAUUCACCAACACCACUAGGCAAAAAAUAAAUAAAUAAAUAAAUAAAUAAAUAAAUAAAUAAAUAAAUAAAU